AUGCUAACUGUCCGUGCGUUGUGUAGCCCGUGCUUUAAUAUCAAAACAAUCACGUGCAGCCAUGCCAUCAGAAAGAGCUCUACAAUAUUUGGGCUGUCGUCAGGAUUUGGCAAAUGCGGAGUAUCGGUGAUACGCGUUUCCGGCGAAGCAUCACGGGACAUAAUAAGAAAGAAAACUCGCUUGAAGGCAUUUCCCGAACCCCGUCGGGCCCUGUUGACGAAGAUUUUCCACGGUCAAACCCAAGAGAUGAUCGAUCGCGCGCUGUUACUUUGGUUCCCAGGACCGCAUAGUUUUACCGGCGAGGAUACGAUCGAGUUCCACGUGCACGGUGGCUCCGCAAUAAUCGCAGCCAUGUACGCCAGUUUAGCGUCGUUCCCCGAGACCAGGGUGGCCGAACCCGGCGAGUUCACCAAGCGUGCGUUUUACGCGGGCAAAAUGGACCUCACCGAGGUGGAGGGUCUGGCCGAUCUGAUACACGCCGAAACGGAAGCCCAACGCAGGCAAGCACUCCGGCAGGCGAAUGGACAGCUGUCCGCGUUCUACAACGCCCAGCGGACCCGUCUCGUGAGCUCGAUCGCAAGCAUAGAGGCGUUCAUCGAUUUCGCGGAAGAUCAAGAAAUCGCCGACGAUGUACUGACUGCUGCCGUGCAAGAGGUCGAGCGUCUUAUUGGGGAGCUAAAAACGCACCUAAACGACAACCGGCGUGGCGAACGCCUCCGAAACGGUGUCCGUACGGUUAUCGUCGGGGCACCAAACGUCGGCAAAAGCAGCCUCAUGAACGUGUUGAGCCAACGCAGCGUGUCGAUCGUGACAAGCAUCGCCGGCACGACGAGAGACAUCGUGGAAUCGCACUACGACAUCGGCGGAUAUCCGGUAGUGUUUGCUGACACCGCGGGUCUCCGUGCGACCACUGACGAUGUCGUCGAAAGUGAAGGAAUCGCACGCGCUAAAGCGUACGUUGAAACGGCCGAUCUCAUACUGCUGGUGUUGGAUGCGUCACGAAUGGCCACCAUCCACCACGAUAUGGAUGGAUAUUUGCGGACGUACGUGCAUGAACUAGGUCUUCCCGAGGACACGCUAACCCGUGCGCUGGUAAUCCUCAACAAGAGCGAUCUCGUGCCGAGUGAGUCACUCGCAUCGCUGGAAACCAACGCCAACCUAUCCGUGGUGUCCUGCGAAACAGGCACCGGAAUGGCGGCCCUUCUCGAUCACAUGAAACACGCACUGGAGCGACUCUGCGGUGGCCCUACGGUGGAAUGUCCCACCAUCAGCCAGGAAAGACACCGAGCCCACCUGCGGCAGUGCCAGGCGUGCUUAGAGCGGUUCAUCGAAUACUUCCACGAAACGGCGGCCACCGAUCGGGAUUUGGCCAUCGCGACGCAUCACCUGCGCGGUGCCGUACGGUGCAUCGGCAAAAUAACGGGCACCGUGGAAACGGAGGAAAUUCUUGAUGUCAUAUUUAGCACGUUUUGUAUUGGGAAAUAA